AUGGACGCGGGUGAUCUUUAUAAAGCUAGCAAUAGCUUACGAGCGAGCGGUCGAAGCAGCACGAGUUACAGAGCAAACAGCUCGAACAUAUGGAGAAACACGGGCAUGGAAGCGUUUUCGCGUUCCGCUCGUGAGGAAGACGACGAGGAAGCCCUCAAAUGGGCCGCCCUCGAAAAGCUCCCGACUUUCGACCGUCUCAGGAAAGGGCUUCUGCUCGGAUCGAAGGGCGCGAACGAAGUCGACGUUUUCAGUCUCGAGUUUCAGGACAAGAGGAAUUUAGUGAACAGGCUGGUUAAUGUUGUGGAGGAUGAUAAUGAGAAGUUCUUGUUAAAGCUAAGAAACAGAAUUGACAGAGUCGGCAUCGAUAUGCCGACAAUCGAAGUGAGAUACGAGAACUUGAACAUUGAUGCAGAAGCCUAUAGUGCAGGCAGGGCUCUUCCUACUUUUGUUUUGGGAAGGGUGACUUACAACGGACAUGGAUUGGAUGAGUUUGUGCCCCAAAGAACAGCAGCAUACAUUAGCCAAAAUGAUUUGCAUAUUGGUGAAAUGACUGUGAGAGAGACUUUAGCGUAUUCUGCUCGGUUCCAAGGUGUCGGCUCGCGCUACGAGAUGCUGACCGAACUGUCGAGGAGAGAGAAAGCAGCGAAUAUCAAACCGGAUCCCGAUAUUGAUAUCUUCAUGAAGGCAGCAGCCACCGAAGGAGAUGCAGCGAAUGUGGUCACGGAUUAUGUCCUUAAAGUUCUGGGACUCGAUGUUUGCGCCGACACUUUGGUUGGAGAUGAAAUGAUAAGGGGAAUUUCGGGAGGACAGAAAAAGCGUGUCACGACAGGAGAAAUGAUUGUUGGGCCAUCAAAGGCACUUUUCAUGGACGAGAUAUCGACCGGACUCGAUAGCUCGACAACUUACCAAAUCGUGAACAUGCUUAAACAAUAUGUCCAUAUCAUGAAAGGGACUGCCUUCAUCUCCCUCUUGCAACCGGCACCGGAGACCUACGAUUUGUUUGACGAUAUUGUCCUUUUGUCUGAUGGACAGAUUGUUUAUCAAGGCCCUCGAGAGCACGUUCUUGGCUUUUUCGAGUCUAUGGGCUUCAAAUGCCCAGAAAGAAAAGGAGUAGCUGACUUCUUGCAAGAAGUCACGUCGAAGAAAGACCAGCAACAAUACUGGGCACGUACACAUGAGCCUUACCGGUUUGUUAAAGUCGGUGAAUUCGCAACGGCUUUUCAGUCAUAUGCACUCGGCCAAAAAGUUUCUGAAGAACUCUCUGUCCCGUUUGAUAAGACCAAAAGCCAUCCUGCUGCAUUGACAACUCAAAAGUACGGUCUCGGAAAGAAAGAGUUCCUCAAAGCCUGUGCCGAAAGGGAAAUCUUGUUGAUGAAGAGAAACUCAUUUGUCUAUUUCUUCAAGAUUUUUCAGCUUACUAUAAUGUCGAUUUUCGCCAUGACGGUCUUUUUCCGAACCGAAAUGAGCAAAAACACCAUAGGAGAUGGAGGCAUUUUUACCGGCGCUCUAUUUUUCGCUGUUAUUAUGGUCAUGUUCAACGGGAUGUCAGAGCUUUCAAUGACGAUUUACAAACUUCCCGUUUUCUACAAGCAACGGGAUAUGUUCUUUUUCCCGGCUUGGGCUUACGGGCUCCCGUCUUGGCUACUCAAAAUACCAGUUACCUUCAUUGAAGUGGCUAUAUGGACUUUCCUCACAUAUUAUGUGAUCGGGUUUGAUCCGAACGUAUCAAGAUUUGCUAUGCAGUACCUUCUGCUUUUAUUCGUGCACCAGAUGGCUUUAUCACUGUUUAGGUUUAUCGGGGCAGCUACUCGGAACAUGAUCGUUGCAAACACAUUCGGCUUGUUUGCUAUGUUGUUGCUAUUCGCGUUGGGUGGCUUUGUUCUCUCACGAGAGGAUGUAAGGGGGUGGUGGAUAUGGGGCUAUUGGGCCUCGCCGUUGAUGUAUGCGCAAAACGCGAUUCUCGUGAAUGAAUUCAGAGGGCACAGUUGGAGCAGAUUGAUAAACGGAACCGAACUGGGAGUGCUUGUUAUGAGGUCACGAGGGUUCUUUCCUGAUUCAUACUGGUACUGGCUGGGACUUGGGGCAACUGUCGGAUUCGUGUUCUUGUUCAACAUCUUCUACAUUAUUUGUCUAACAGUCCUUGGCCCUUUUGAGAAGCCUCAGGCAGUACUACCGGCAGCCUCCGAAGAUGAUGACAGCAAAAACAGAUCAUCGUCUGGACCAUCCACAGACUCCAUUGAAGGCAAUGAGAACAAGAAAAGAGGAAUGGUGCUUCCUUUCGAGCCACAUUCCAUCACGUUCGACAACAUCAGAUACUCAGUCGACAUGCCAGCGGAAAUGAAAGCUCAGGGAGUGAGUGAAGACAAACUGGAACUGUUGAAGGGAGUGAGCGGUGCAUUCAGGCCGGGCGUGCUCACGGCUUUGAUGGGAGUUAGUGGGGCUGGGAAGACUACUCUGAUGGACGUUUUGGCGGGAAGAAAAACGGGAGGAUACAUCGAGGGUGAUAUCACCAUCUCUGGGUACCCUAAAAACCAAUCUACCUUUGCUAGGAUUUCGGGAUAUUGUGAGCAAACUGAUAUCCAUUCCCCUAAUGUCACCGUUUAUGAGUCCCUCGUCUACUCGGCUUGGCUCAGGCUGCCUCGUGAUAUCGACUCCGAAACUAGAAAGAUGUUUGUUGAGGAAGUAAUGGAGCUGGUGGAGCUUGGCCCGUUGAGGGGAGCACUGGUGGGGCUUCCGGGUGUGAAUGGGCUCUCAACCGAGCAGCGGAAGAGGCUCACAAUAGCGGUCGAGCUCGUGGCAAACCCUUCAAUCAUAUUCAUGGAUGAACCGACCUCUGGACUAGAUGCCAGGGCUGCUGCCAUUGUCAUGAGAACUGUUCGGAACACGGUCAACACAGGGAGGACUGUGGUCUGCACUAUCCACCAGCCGAGCAUUGACAUUUUCGAGGCGUUUGAUGAGUUGUUUCUGAUGAAGCGGGGAGGACAGGAGAUAUACGUGGGGCCACUGGGCCGCCACUCGACUCAUCUGAUCAACUACUUUGAGGGAAUCGAAGGGGUGGCGAAGAUUAAGGAUGGUUACAAUCCGGCUACAUGGAUGCUGGAAGUUACUACUUCAGCACAGGAGCUGUUCAUGGGGUUGGACUUUACUGAACACUACAAGAAAUCAGACUUGUACAUGAGAAACAAAGCUCUGAUCAAGGAAUUAAGCGUCCCCCGGCCUGGCACGAAAGAUCUUUAUUUCCCGACUAAAUAUUCACAAUCUUUCCUCGUCCAAUGCAUUGCUUGCUUGUGGAAACAACACUGGUCAUACUGGCGCAAUCCGCCUUACACGGCUGUCAGAUUCUUGUUCACUACCUUCAUCGCCCUUAUCUUCGGGACAAUGUUUUGGGAUCUUGGCCAGAGAUGGAACACCCAGCAAGAUUUAUUCAAUGCCAUGGGUUCAAUGUAUGCUGCUGUCAACUUCUUGGGUUUCCAAUAUGGUUCCACAGUACAGCCGGUUGUGGCCAUCGAGAGGACCGUCUUUUACAGGGAAAAAGCAGCCGGGAUGUAUUCUGCUCUACCCUAUGCAUUCUCACAGUUUCUGAUUGAGAUCCCGUACGUUUUCGUCCAAUCCAUCGUGUAUGCUGUCAUUGUGUACUCCAUGAUGGGUUUCGACUGGACAGCAGAGAAAUUCUUGUGGUUCAUCUAUUUCUUGUUCUUCUCGUUAUUGUACUUUGUCCUGUACGGCAUGAUGACUGUUGCCGUAACUCCUAACCACAAUGUUGCCACCAUCAUCUCGUCCUUCUUCUAUGCCUUCUGGAAUUUGUUCUGCGGGUUCAUCGUCCCACGACCGAGAAUCCCGGUGUGGUGGAGGUGGUACUAUUGGGCAACACCAAUGGCUUAUACACUCUACGGUUUCAUCAUCACACAAUACGGUGAGGUUAGAGACGUGAUGGAGGAUUCGGGUCAAUCGGUUGAGGAGUUCUUGAGGAACUACUUUGGGUUCAGACGAGACAUGCUCGGGGUGGUCGCCGGCGUGCUCCUCGGGUUUGUGGUCCUUUUCACCUUCAUAUUUGCCUACUCCAUCAAGACUUUCAACUUCCAGAGGAGAUGA